CUUUUCCCCCCACCGCUGCAGGUCACAGUUCGAGAGUAAAACCAGCUUUAGCCAGGGGAAAACUGGGGUCCGGAGUACGCCCAGUCAUCAUACAUUUGUCGGCGACUACGGGCGCCGAUCACACUGGUUGCCUUGCCAAGGACGGUUGACCUUGCGGAUUGGUCCCCGCUGCCCAUAGCCCAGCGCGCCUUUUCUUCCCAAACUCCCAUUUUCUUCUUCUCCUUCAACGCCUGGUGGGGCGAGAGCAGCAAGAGAAAACACCGUUGAGAGACCGCUUAUUCUCAGAAAUGGAUCCCCCGCAAAGCCCCCGGAGUCCGACCUCCCCAACGAGUCCGACAAGCCUCGACUUGAAGCGGACAGAUACACUCAUGCAUAGAGGAUUCAGCAUGGCCGAUCCGGUUGCCGCGCGGCGCCGCCCUGGCGCCAGCUUCGUCAACGCCGUGCUCGCCACAGCGCUCUUCCGCUGCUGGCACAUCCUCAUCUUCUUUGCCGCUUGGGCGACCCUGAUCACCGUGCUGAACCACAACGGGUACGGAAUAUGGAUCGAGUCAACGCUGCUUACUGUCAUCGGUACCGUCCUCGGUUUCAUCAUCUCCUACCGCACCACGUCUUCGUUCGAGCGGUACAACGAGGGUCGCCGUCUAUGGUCGCAGAUCAUCUUCGCCAACCGUACCUUCGCGCGUACUAUCUGGUUCCAUGUUCCUAACCCGGAGACCACAGAGGAGCGAGCCCGUAUGAUGAUCGAGAAGAAGACGGUCAUCAACCUCCUCGAGGCCUACGCCGUCGCGGUCAAGCACUACCUCCGAGGCGAAGAUGGCAUAUUCUACACGGACCUGUACUACCUCGUCAAGUUUCUUCCUGCAUAUGCACUGCCCUCCGGCAUUGCGUCAGACCCGGACCUCACGGGCAUCCAGCACUCGGAGAGCACCGGUGCCCAGCAGACGCGCCCCCGUGGCUCGUCUUCAGCGUCUGCCACCCAGGGCUUCCGUCGUCCGUCCAAUGCGUCCAGCUCGCGCGCUCGCGUCCCGCACCGAGGCCCGGGCCUCCCGACGCCCGUUACGCAGCCGGCGGCUCCCAAGCGCACGCUGACCGCCGUGCUCGAGAACAUCGGCUUCGGCGGCGAGAAGUACUCGGACUCGGAAUUCAAGGACAAGGACUCUAAGAAGGACGUCAAGCUCAAGAGCAAGAAGGACAAAAAGGACAAAAAGAGCGACGACGAACCGGAGCGGGCGAAUGUGCUCAAGCCGUCGGACGAGGAGUACCUCUUCCCGGCGAGCAUGCCGCCCAAGUUCUACAUCCUCGACCUCUUCCUCUUCUCGCUGCUGGUCAAGUGUCUCACGGAACGCGGGCGUUCGCUGAAGGGCAAGAAGGCCGCGAAGCUCCGGGCGAAGAUGAUCAACAGCACCGUGUCGCACAACUUGCCGCUGGAGCUCUCUUUGUACUUGAGCUCCUACAUUUCCGCGCUGCAGGUUCGCAAGGCUAUCGACGUUCCGACGAUCAACACCAUGAUCGCGGCUCUCAACCAGCUCGUCGAUAGUUUGACCGGUCUCGAGCGUAUUUUGACGACGCCGAUCCCCUUUUCGUACUCCAUCCAUCUAUGGGUCGUGCUAAUUCUGUACUGCUUGGCUUUGCCCAUCCAGAUUUGGCACUACCUGACAUGGGUUACGAUCCCGGCGACCAUCAUUAUCACGUUCAUCUUCUUCGGCUUCCUCGUCGCUGGCGAGGAGAUAGAAAAUCCGUUCGGGUACGACAAGAAUGACCUCAACCUGGACCACUUUACCUCAAAUAUCAUCCGUAAUGAGCUGCGCGCAAUAACCGCGUCGCCGCCGCCGGACCCCGCUCACUGGGCGUUUGUCCCUCAAAAUGACCUGCUGUUCACUAUGAACACGAACGAGCGCGUCACGCCCGACGAGUGGCUCCGGCGCGGGUUCAAGCAGAUGCAGCACGCCCUGCACAACUAGUGUGCUAGGCGCGCGCUGCCCCCUAUGUUCUCCUCUCAUCUGCUUCUUUCUUCUGUUGUGGCCAUUCCUCUCGUAUCCUCAUACGCACCCCAUUCGCGCGCACCUCUCGCCGCGCCCACGAUUGCGUUUUCUGUCUCCUCUCUAUUUCUGUCAUCUGUUCCCCCUCAUCACACUGUAACACCACCUCCAUCUUGGGCUUUGUGGACUCACUGGCUUCCUUGGUUGUACUCUCUCUGCUGUUGUGCACUCACUCUGUUCAUCUGCAUGCACCGGACACUGGAUUAUCCAUCUC